GCUCCGGGGGACGCGAACCCUACUGGGGUGAGGCGUGCAGGAGGGAGGGUCCUGGCAGCCCUCAGGGAGCGGCGGCAGCCCUGGAAAAGCCCCGGCUUACCGCAGCAGGGCCGGUACGCGGUACUCGCCGCUCCGCCCUACCUCCGUCGGACACUGCCGGUACGGUCGCAGGAUUAAUUUUUCUCCAUCUAAUUUACAUGGUGAUAAGAAGUGCUAAUCCCACUCUGUCAGUCUGGACUGAUGAAUCUGAGGAAUAGAACAGGUCAUCUGCAGCGAGGGAGAUCCUUGUCCUGGAGCAGGGACAGAAGGAUAAAAUUUUGUAGCUAUUGCUAUGAGGAGCAUCUUUGACUUCCUGACAGUUGCAGAGCCCUGUGUUGUGUAAACGAACUGAUGGAUGAAGAUGAGAAGGACAGAGCAAAGAGGGCAUCACGCAACAAAUCUGAGAAGAAGAGGAGAGACCAGUUCAAUGUCCUCAUUAAAGAGCUUUGCACAAUGCUGCAGGGCCACGGCCACCCUCUCAAGAUGGACAAGUCCACAAUACUGCAGAGGACCAUCGACUUCCUACAGAAACAGAAAGAAAUCACAGCACAGACAGAAGCCUGUCAGAUUAGACAAGACUGGAAGCCUUCAUUUCUUAGCAACGAGGAGUUCACUCAGUUGAUGUUAGAGGCACUAGAUGGCUUUCUCAUUGCUCUUACCACUGAUGGGAUUAUUAUUUAUGUAUCUGAUAGUGUUUCAUCUCUGCUAGGACACUUGCCGUCAGAUUUGGUGGACCAAAAUAUAUUAAACUUUCUGCCUGAGGGGGAGCAGAGUGAGGUGUACAAGCUCCUUUCUCCACAUGUGCUCAUGACAGAUCCUGUUGCAGCUGAUUUUCUAAAUGCAGAAAAACAAAUAGAGUUUUGUUGCCAUUUAGCAAGAGGCAGCUUAGAUCCAAAUGAACCCCUGAUGUACGAAUAUGUGAAAUUUGUAGUGGAUUUUAAAUAUUUUACUGAUGUGCCUACACCUUCCUGUAACGGCUUUGAGUCAGCUAUUGCACGAGCUUUCAGGUCAGCCACAGAGGAGCAGAUUUGCCUGGUAGCGACUGUUCGUCUUGUCACGCCUCAGUUCUUAAAGGAGCUCUGCAACACUGAAGAGCCAUAUGAAGAAUUUACAUCACGGCAUAGUUUAGAAUGGAAGUUUUUAUUCUUGGACCACAGGGCUCCACCUAUUAUAGGAUAUUUACCCUUUGAAGUUCUGGGAACAUCAGGGUAUGAUUACUACCACGCAGAUGACCUGGAGCUUCUUGCUAGGUGCCAUGAACACUUGAUGCAGUUUGGAAAAGGAAAGUCCUGUUACUAUCGGUUCCUGACCAAAGGGCAGCAGUGGAUAUGGCUGCAGACACACUACUACAUCACCUACCACCAGUGGAACUCCAAGCCUGAGUUCAUUGUUUGUACUCAUCUGGUAGUUAGUUAUGCAGAAGUUCGGGCUGAGAGAAGGCGAGAUCUUGGCCUUGAGGAGUCAUCAAUUGAACUGGCAUCCUCUUCUCUAAAGAGCCACAGCAGCUACCUGGACGUGGGGCAGUGCGGCAGCAGCCAGGAUGCCAGCCGAGAGGGAGUGUCGCUGUCAUCACACAGCUCCCAGCACUCCUCGCAUACCACCCUCUCCAACUCCACCUCCACAUCAUCCUUGCGGCACACAGAGACCAGCACUCCCACCCGGCUGUCAGUGCCGGGGGCUUCAGGGGAGAAGACAGCCCUGCGGCUGGCAACGGUCAGGAGCACUCAGGCCAUAGCCAUUCUUCAAGCUCCUGGUGAACACCUCUGUCAGCACCCUGUGGCUCAGCUGGCAGGGCCCUCCCAGAACCCUCUGAUGCCAGUGUACCAUUUCCCCACCCAGCUGGGGAUGAUGCACCAGCUGAAAGAGCAGCUGGAGGAAAGGACUCGCAUACUGCAAGCUGACAUCAAGACGCAGCAAGAGGAGCUCCAUGUCAUCAAGGAGCAGCUCCAGCUCGUGCAGGACUCGAACCUGCAGAUGCUGAUGCAGCAGCCGAUCCCUGUCAUCUUAAACACUGUGCAGCAGCCGAGCCCCCGGAGGCCGCCGCCGCAGGGGACACCCAGGCAGACCACAGCCAAGAAGUCACAGCAGCCAGUCCUCAUGGGGACAAAGCACUACUGCAGCACCCACCUGCUGUCACCGCACCCAUUCCUCAGGGACCCCUGUGGCACAGUCCCCCAGGUACAGCAGCAGAAGCAGCAGCAUCCAAUAAGAGGAAGCCAAGGCCAGCAAUUAUGUGUGCCAGGGCAGGCAAGCAUUUCAGUGCCCUUCUACAACAACCCCAUGGUGUUCUCCCAAACACACCCUAUCACUGUGGCUGCACAGGUGCCGACUGACAGCAGUGAGAGGCAACCACCAGCUGACUACAGCCAGGACAGGAGCCUCAGGAUGCUGUUGGAUCAGUCCAUCCAAGCCAUGAUGCCCACAGCCAACAGCAAUUGUCAGCCAUUGCAGAGCAGCGCCAGCAGGCAGCAAGGAAAGCUUGUUGCAGAGCAGCAGACCCUGCCUCCCCCAGCACAGGUGCAGCCAGCCACCUGCAGCACCAUCAGACCUCCAGCCCCACCACCCAUCUUCUCCCCGUCUCUAAUGAUCCCACACUCCAGCUUCACAUCCCACCAGGCCAGCACACCAGUUCAUCUGCAUCAGUGGCCACAGCAGCAAGUUCAGCAGCACCACCUCUACCUUCAGAUGCAAGGUCCUGAGCUGGUGCCUGGGGCUCCAAUACAACGCAUUUUCCAGCCAUCCCACACUCCACAGCAGAACCCCUUGAGCUACUUCCUCCAUCCGCAGCAGCAGAGCCACCACACACAGGGCCAGCCCUGCAACUUGCCUGACCUGCCCGAGAUGCAGCUGCCAUGAAAGUCGGUUCUGGGAGACAAGGCUGCGGCUGCUGUGCCCAGGCACAUACAGGAGAGCAGGAUGCCAGCACAACACAGCACAGGAAGAGGUUGGGCUCCAUGGGGAGAUGAUGGCUGGAGGGAUGAUCUCUGACAGGGAUGCAUGGCUGCAAGAGCCUCGUUUGUUGGGCUUUCCAUGUAGCCAGCCCAUGAUGCUGUUCCAGCAGCAGGGUGUGCCCUGGCCUGGCACCGUGGUGCCACUGGAAGUGGUGGCUUUCUUGCUGCAGGGGGGUGUGGUAUCAGGCCAUCAUGAAGUUCAGUUUGCAAUGGAAAAAAACCUUUUCCAUUCAGAAUUUCAAUGCUGAAAGUCACUGUGAAUUUAAGCCCAGCAUUUGGAGCACAUAGACUGUACCAGUCUGCAGGACACCAUUGGAUUACCAUGUACAUAACUCAUUUUGCUGUAGUAGGUCCAUUGUGAAUUCUUUUUCCUUUUUCUAUACCUCAGUCCCACAGGUUUUUUUUCCAGGAGUUUGGAUAAUGCUGCUAAUCUACAUAACACCACUUUUGCCUGAAUUUCUUACUGUUGUUAUACCAGCUCACAUCGCAGCUAGUACAAUAUUUGUCAUGUUUUACUUUUGGUUAACAAGCAAAACAUAAAAACAUACAAAUUUAUAUGGUUUUAUGUUUUUUACUCCCUGUAGCCAGAUAUUUUUGGGUUACAGAAAAAGAAUCUUUUUUGUUUGUUAGUUUGUUUCAAGUGAGGUAGUUGUAUAUGUUUCUAUACAUGAAAACAAGCAAACAUGCAUAGAACAACAUAUGACAGCAAACUUUGUGGUUUUGCUAGGUCAUGUUUCAGUUUGGCAAACCCAAAAUGUAUAAUCAAACACAUGAUUUUUACAAGCCCAUAGGGUCAGCAAUAAAUUGUAUUUUUGUAAAUUGUCACUUUUUAAUGGUAAGUUUAUAUUUAUGAAUUGAAAAAGUUUAUUCGUCAGUGGGUGUAUAGUUAAGUGUCCCUACUGUUUGUGUCUUUCCAAAGGAAAAAUUAAAAAGUACAUAUUUGAAGUGUUAGUAGCUGAAUACUAACUUUGGGCAUUUUUAGAGCCCAAAUGUAGAUGGGUUUGGCCAUUACUAUAAACUUCGCAAGGCAGUGCUUAGUUAGGACCAGGUCCAUCACCAGUAAAGCUCCAGCUGGCAGACAGCAAGGUUUAGAAAGGAGUUAGUUCCUAAUGUUUAGUUCCUAAUAUCUGUUGAAAUCAAGCAAAGAAUGCUUGGUUUUGCCUUUUUUUUUUUCCUUUAAACGGUGUUUUUGGGUUGGUGUUUUUUUUGUUUCCUUCUUUUCCUUCUACAAACCACUUUCUGGGCCCCUUACAGCACUGCAGCAGCUGGUGUUCCUGAUGUUACUGGUGGAGCAGCUUUUGGCACAAGCAGCUGCAAGCAGCCCUGUGUUUCAAGAAAAGGGUGCAGCGGGGCUCCUCCAGCCCUGGAACACCAGGGGCUCUUUCCCAGCAUUUCUUCCUGGGGAAGGGGAUGGGUUUUUGCUGUGCCACAUUGUAUGGGGGAGUCACAGUGGGAGGACAGGCUGCUGGAGCUGGGGUCAGGCAGGAGCUUUCAGGGACUGGUGCAAGGCCCUAGGGUGCUUUGGUGUUUUGGCCAGGUUAGAGGUGGAUAUGUGGGCAAAAGCUGUGCCAACCUGUGGCUAUUCUUGGGUGCCCUCCCUUGGGCAAAGCAGCCGCAUGGGUUAGCUUUGACUGGGACAUUGAAUGCACAGCUCCCAGGGGUACCAGACAUGAUGGAUCAAGGGUGGCAGAGCUGGCCACAUGCAGCAUUUUGGGGAAUGUAGUUGGCCACAGAAUGGAGCCAAUGAGAUGCCCAGCAGCCUGGGGUCCAAAAUCAAGGCUCAUGCCUUGUCAGCACAGUCCCUGACUGGGUCCCAACCCACACAGCACAUACAGCCCCUGGGUGCUGGGCUUGCUUGUACAAGCUGCUCUUGUACACAUUCUGAGCCAGCCCCUCCAUUUCAAACCAUGACAAGAAAUCAUGACUACCACAGAGUCAUGGGCCAGGGCCACCUCACUGCUGGUAGUGGGAUUUGGAACACCUGCCUUUAUGGGGCAAUCUGGAGCUGAAAUAAUAACACCCGGGGCUUUCCUGCUCUGCAUGUUUGUUCUGCAGUAAGGGCAAGAACAGAGCUUUCAGAGUAGGAAACUUCUGUUUCUAAAGCACUAUUAGUUUUAGGGUCUCCCUCUCCCUAUUCUAACACAGCAGGGUUGCUCAUGAGGAUGCAGAAGGAAGGAGUUGUAUUUUUAGGAGUUAGUUGUGGGAUUUUUUUCCACCAUAGCCUUGGCACAUAACAUUAGAAGGGAAGCAAACAUAUCUGUGUUAGGGCUCCAGCAUUGCAGUUUGUAGCUCAAGUUGUCUGGCUGGAGGGAAAGAACAUAAUUUCCCUGGCUUCCCCAUUAAACCUGCAUCACCCCAACACAUCCCCAUGGCUGCUCUGCAGUGUCCCAUCACCACAGCGACCAGCAGGUGGCAAUCAAAUGGAUCUUAGAGGUGGUGUUUGGGGUCAGGGGCUAGAGGGUUGUAUUUUUUUAACAGAGCUUGGUAGGGAGGUAGCCGAGGCAGAGCAGUUUUCUGGCUUUGCUGUGGCUUUGACAGUG